GAUGAUAAACGUUUUUUUCCUCGAUAAUAUGCAUAACCGUAAACCGUAAACAGAGCAGUUUCCUAUUCGGCUUUUCCUGUUUAUUUGUUGCCUACUGUCAAAUCAAAGAUAAAAUUUAUCGGCGUAUAAAUAUUUAUUCCUAGAUAAAAUGGACUUUUUUAGGUCGACGUAAAUCUGUCCAUAGGUAUUAAGAAAAUUAUGUAACCUGCCAAUGUGUUCUAUUUUGAUCGUAUGUUUCGAGGUUACAGAUUAAUUCAUGAAAAUCUACCCAAAGGAAAAUUCACUUGUUUCCGUUACAAUAAUUAUCAAUUGUAGGAUUUUAUUAUUGAUAUUGAUACAAUGUAACGAGGCUGAGGUGAAAUAUUCCUUUAAGUUUAUUUAUAUUCACUUGUAUAAACAAAUUUGUCUAAUUUAUCGAAGUAUUAUUGAGAUGUGAAUAUUGUUUGGAGUUAGGUGAAAUGUGCGAAAAAUCCUGAUGAAUUCAAUUGUGAAAUAUGAUCCAUGUGUGAAAAUACAUAGGUGGCAGCGAUUUAUUUUUUAUUUUUGAGAAGGCACCCUGGGUAUUCUGAAAGUACAAGACGCUACCAGCCAUUACACGGUUACUUCGUCGACAACCAGUCCUGGAACCUCAUCGGAACAAGGAUUCCAGAGUUAUGUGCACGCCGAGUGGGAGGCGAGCCACAGUGGCUCGCCGGAUAUGGAAGUGGAAGUCCGGGAGAGUACGUCGGUGGACAACAGAAGACCUGACUCGAUCCAGCUCAGAGUCAACAAUACACCAAUUUAUACAUACGAAGAGAGCACAGAAUUAGUCAUAAGGGUGGAAGAGGUCGUGCUGGUAGGUCUUGUGCUAUUGAUUUGGGUGGCAGCCAUUGCACUGUUCAUAAACAGAUGGGGAAAAAUAAGAAUGUUGGAGCCUUAUCAGCCGAAGUUCCAUCAGCAGCCUCACAGAGCUUCUUGUCCCUUAGCUCCCCUAAGUCCCCCCCUACCAACGAGCAGUUCAACUGUUAGAGCUCAAAAGUUGAUGAAUCCUAGAAUGUCCUUUUCGAAAUACAACGUGAAUGCAAUGACAGACCCCCUGUCAGCCUUACCGUCGCCGAUAAUACGCAAGCAACGACGAAGUUCUGUUUUCGUGGGCAGUAGUCCAGCUGCUUUUGUUUUGAAUCCACCACCGAGAAGAACGAAGUCUGCUGUUGACAUUCAUCAUAUGGUUAUCAACGAACACAGUCCAACUUUGUCGCUGACAGGUAAUAGGAAAGGAUCAGUGAUACCAAUCAUCAACAAGGACCGUCGUCAGUCCCUUUCAGCUUUCGAUCGGUCACCCUAUUUCAGCCAACACAGGGCGUCGGUGUCAAUAGAACGACCUAUAGUCGCCCUCCAACACUACAAGAGUCGUCGGUCUUCCUGCUUCAUAGAACGACCUGUUUUCAGCCACAUCGGUGGACAUCGUGCGAAAAACUACAUGAGUUUCGAAACGGCGUCUCACAGCGAUAGAAAAAUGUCAAUAAACAUCGAGAGGCCUUCUUGUAGCUUUCAUCAUCAGCCAAUAAUAAACCUCGACAGUUCGAAUUUCUCUUCGGCAAGCUCAACUUCAUCCAAACCCUUAGUUCUCAUCGAUUCGCCGCUGUUGAGAGAAACCAUCACAGGCACAUCGCUGCCAAAGCUUUCGAGAAGCUUCGAGCAGCCCCCAAAGAGAAAAUCGAGACCUGAAAGGAUGGCCAACAGUCUGGAGAUGUCUGUCUUGAACUUCGAGAAGAAACCGAUACAAGAGGAAGAUAAAUACGUUUCUGUUGAUGAAACACCAUCGCCAGAAAGAUCCAAUUCUCCGAUCUCCAUUUAUAUCGAAGACACCAAAGUGACAGCACCUCUUCUGGAAGGCCUGAAGAGUUCUGACGUUUGACUUUGGUCAACUGAAUUUCUCGCUGAAAAUCAUCCGCGGUGUGUUUGAAGACAAAUAUUAUUGCUCAGUACUCAGAUGGCUAGUCAAAAUUUUCUAUUGAAAUUAUCUAUUGAGAAAUGUUUGAUACUGAUAUCAUAUUUUUGUACUCCUAUGAAUUCAUUCCAAGACCCUAGGCUGCUACGUCCAAGAAUCGAAAUUUCUAUUUCAUCUACAUAUUCGCAGUUUCAGAACCUUUUUGUUCGAGGUGCUCAAGACAACUAUGG